UUUGACAAAUACGGGGGAGUGCGAAUGUUUUUGUUGUUAUUGAUUCAAUGAAGUGUUUUAAAUCCUUUUCUUGAGUUCCUCAGGAUUCCUGAAAUGCGGUAUUACUCUAUAUUCUUUGUUCAAAUCUGAAUUUUAAUCUAAAAGCUAACAUUUAAUACCAAAGUUUUGCGCUUACCUUAAAUGUUUUCUUUGAAUUAUCCAACAUUUUGGGAACAUGUUGCACAGUUUUUGGUGUCCCGGAGACGCGCUUCAGCAAUGUCCUCUUCCACCGAUUUGAGUUCCGUUCUGGCUACUUACACCAAAUGCAUCAACUUUGCAGCUGUCAAACACCGUAACCAACGUCGACUAGAUUCAGACAAAACCCCAUAUAUCAAUCAUCCGAUCGGCGUUGCCCACAUUCUGACGGCCGAGGGUGGUGUUACGGACUUCGAGGUCAUUCAGGCCGCCAUUCUACACGACACCGUGGAGGACACCGACACCACAUUCGAAGAGUUAGAACAUGAGUUUGGCUAUUCGGUGCGACUGCUAGUGGAAGAGGUAACGGACGAUAAGUCGCUUCCCAAAGCCGAACGGAAGCAGUUGCAGAUUGACCAUGCCGCUGGUACCAGUCCGCAAGCCAAGCUCGUCAAGCUGGCGGAUAAGAUUUACAAUUUGAGAGACCUCCAGCGGUGUCGACCCGAGGGUUGGACCGAGCAGCGCUGUCGGGAUUAUUUUGCCUGGGCCAAGAAGGUCUGCGAGGGGCUCAGGGGGACCAAUCGUGCGCUGGAGGGUAUUUUGGAUGAUAUAUUUAAACAAGAGGACGUAGAAUAAUUGAUUUUGUUUUAUUUAAAUGAUUGAGAAGAAUAAACUGUGUAUGGAUUUAUGAAUUCUUAGCCAUGAA